CCGAAAAAGUGCUUGAAGAUGCCCGAACCGGCCAAGUCUGCUCCCGCGCCCAAGAAGGGCUCCAAGAAAGCCAUCACUAAGACGCAGAAGAAAGGGGACAAGAAGCGCAAGAAGAGCCGCAAGGAGAGCUACUCCAUCUACGUCUACAAGGUCCUCAAGCAGGUCCACCCCGACACCGGCAUCUCCUCCAAGGCCAUGAGCAUCAUGAACUCCUUCGUCAACGACAUCUUCGAGCGCAUCGCCGCCGAGGCUUCCCGACUGGCUCAUUACAACAAGCGCUCCACCAUCACCUCCCGCGAGAUCCAGACGGCCGUCCGCCUCCUCCUGCCCGGGGAGCUCGCCAAGCACGCCGUCUCCGAAGGCACCAAGGCCGUCACCAAAUACACCAGCUCCAAAUAAACGAGCUUUGAGAUGAAAAAAAGUCUCUUUCAACAGACCCAAAGGCUCUUUUAAGAGCCACCCACUUUCUCAA